GGGGCAGAAUUUAAAUUAACCAAGGAGGCGGCGUAUACUACCCAGCAUAUACUCUGUCUGUAUACAUUCAGCAUUGCUGCGUAAAUUGUGAGUUCAGUGCGGUGCCAGCGAUGGCUAACGCACAGUUCAGAAUAAUUUAAAAGAUACGCGAUUUUACCAUCUUUAAAGUUCAGCCGUUUAUAUAUAAUAAUAUACUGUGCCCAGCAUAUAUACUCUGUAUAUAUUUUUGUGAAAACAGAUUUGUGCAGUGCGAGCGAUGGCGAUUGCGCAGGCAACGUGCAACGUUUUCGUGUACGGCAGCCUUCAAGCAGACGACGUCGUCCGGGUCCUCCUCAACCGCGUUCCUCCUUCUUCCCCGGCUGCCCUCCAUCAUUAUCAGAGAUUUAGCAUCAAGGGACGUGUUUAUCCUGCAAUUCUGCCAGCAGAAAGAAGUAAAGUCGAUGGAAGGCUUCUGUGGGGGAUCACUCUUCCCGAGUUGGAGAUCCUCGAUAACUUCGAGGAUGUUGAAUAUGAGAAGAGGAAUGUCGAUGUUUCUCUUGUGGAUGAUAGUUCGGAAGCCUUUCAGGCCUAUACGUAUGUUUGGGCUAACGAGGCUGAUCCAGACUUGUACGGGGAGUGGGACUUUGAGGAAUGGAAGGAGCUGCACAUGAAAGACUUCAUCAGAAUGACGGCAGGAUUUGUGGAAGAAAAGGAACAACUGGAUUCAAGGACAAGGGUACAAACUUAUCAGUCCUUCUACAAGCAAGAAGAUGACCAUUAGAAAAGGGGAAGAUGAUCACUAUUCUUCUCUUUUGGUUACUUCAUCUGUCUUCAAAUUUAAUCAUCUGUGCUUUGUACUUUCAAUAUGUAGUAGGUGUAGGAAUAAUAAAUACUCACCCGUCCCGUUAAGGUUGUCCUAUUUUCGGUAUGUAGUAGGUGUAGGAAUAAUAAAUACUCCCUCCUCGUCCCGUUAAGAUUGUCUUUUCUUUCUUUUACAAAAAUAAGAAUUUGUGUGGUAUAUUAUUUGUCUUUCACUUUUUAAAAAUUGAGGGCUAGUUUUUGUGUGUG